AUGUCGCCCAAGGUUUCCAGGAAGAACAGGCCGCAGUCGCAGGCGGGGGCCCCGAAAGCCCAGUUCCAGGCGGGGCAGCGGCUGCUGUGCCUCCACGGCUCGCUGCUCUACGAGGCCAAGUGCGUGCGGGUGGCUGAGGUGGCGGCCGAGCUGGAGGCGGAGGCUGAAGCCGAGGCCGGCUCGGUCAUGUACCUGGUCCACUACACGGGCUGGAACAAGAACUGGGACGAGUGGGUGCCCGAGAGCCGCGUCCUCGAGUACUCGGAGGCCAACGUGGCGCGCCAGAGCGAGCUGCUGCGGGCGCACCAGGCGCAGCGGGCCGGGGCCAAGGCGCGUGGCGGCCUCCGAGCGCGCAAGAUCCCGGGCCCGGGCUUGCAGCAGAAGAGCGGGCCGCGGGCCUGGAGGGACCCGCAGGAGCCCCUGGGCGGUGAGGGCGAGGGAGGCGGCGGCGGCGGCAGCAGCAGCGAGGCACCCCCGCCCCCACGCAGGAAGAGGGUCCUAGUGGACCCCACAGGGGAGAGUGAGGAGGUAGCCGGGAUCCGCACGGAGGUCAAGGUGGAGAUCCCCGAGCAGCUGAAGCCCUGGCUCGUGGACGACUGGGACCUGGUCACCAAACAGAACCAGCUCUUCGACCUGCCGGCGCAGACAACCGUGAACACCAUCCUGGAGGACUAUGCCCGCACCAAGGCGCCCAGCCCAGGCCGCCAGGACUGCGCUGUCCCGGAGGUGGUGGCCGGCAUCAAGGAGUACUUCAACGUGAUGCUGGGCACCCAGCUGCUCUACAAGUUCGAGAGGCCGCAGUACGCCGAGAUCCUGGCCCAGCACCCCGACAUGCCCAUGUCCCAGAUCUACGGCGCGCCCCACCUGCUGCGGCUCUUCGUGCGCCUGGGGGCCAUGCUGGCCCACACGCCGAUGGACGAGCACAGCCUGGCCCUGCUGCUGGGCCACCUGCAGGACUUCCUCACCUACCUGGCGGAGAACGCGGCCGCACUGUUCAGGGCCGGGGACUACGGGGUGGCCCCGCCCGAGUACCACCGGAGAGCCGCUUAG